ACAUUGCCACAAUCACUCUGCUCGUUCUACAGCAGCACCUGAGAAACGCUCGCUCACACCAUCCAAACAGCCAGUUUUCUUGUCCCCUGCGUUCGCUUUGAGGUCAUCAAGCCUCGUGUCGGCCAGCUGCUUAAACAGUCGAAGCCCUCGAGUUGCGUAUCAUACCAGUUGUGUAGCUUCAGCCCUGAUUCACCCAUCCGCCCCCGCUCACGCAAGCCAUGCCAUCCACCAAACAGAAGCUCGAAUCGACACUUGCGGAAGGGUUCAAGGAUGGUAAGAUCCCACACGCCAUCGUCUGCGCAACGAACCGAGAUGGCUCCUUCACAUACACCCACACCGUCGGCACCGCGCAGCCAGACUCCUCCACGCCCAUCGAGCACGAUGCCAUGCUCCUCCUAGCCUCCAGCACCAAACUCCUAACCAGCAUCGCCGCGCUCCAGAUCGUCGAAAAGGGCCUGUGGAAGCUCGAUGACGACGUCAGCUCGCUCCUCCCCGAGCUUUGCAACCAGCCACUCCUGCAAGGGUUCGAUGAGGAGAAGAACGUGCCGAUCGUGGUGGAGAGGAAGGGUGUUGUGACGCUUCGGCACCUGGUAACACACACACACGGCCAACCUUACGAUGUCUGGGACCCGAAACUCCAAAAGUGGGCCGAGAUACACGGACGUAAGCCCGGCGCAGGCGCGACGGUGCAAGAACGGUUCAACUACCCGUUCACCUUUGAGCCCGGAACCUCGUGGCAGUACUCCGGCGGUCUGGACUGGACGGGUCUGCUCAUCGAACGCCUUACAGGCACCACGCUUGAUGAGUACUUCAAGACGAACCUUUUCGCCCCGCUAGGCAUCCACGAUAUGACGUUCUGGCCAUACAAGGAUCCCACGUUCAAGGACAAGGUGCCGCAGUUGAUGACGCGCACGCCCGAAGGGAAGUUAGCACCCUUCACCCAGCCCUUCAUCAAUACGGGCUCGACAGGUUGUUUCGGCGGACACGGUUGCUACGGCACGAUGCGCUCCUACAACCUCAUCCUCAAAGACCUUCUCUCCUCUACCCCUCGCCUGCUGAAACCAGACACCCUAAACGCCUGCUUCACCCCGCAGCUUUCCGGCGGCGCAAAAGAGGGUCUACAGGGCUUCUUCCGCUCCCCAUUCGUGACAAUGGUGAUAGGCGAAUGGCGUGGAGAAUGGGACGUCAACUGGGGGCUUGGCGGCGUGAUGAUCAUGCACGACUGCCCCGACGGUCCGAGGCGGAAGGCGGGGACGCUAAGUUGGGGCGGGAUUACGAACACCUUUUGGACGGUGGAUCGAGAGGCCGGAUUGGCGGUGUGUUUUGGAACGCAGGUGUUGCCGCCGGGGGAUGGGAAGGUGGAGGAGAUGAUUACGGCGGUUGAGAAGGCGGUGUACGAGAUGGCCGGGACGAAGGUUGGGGCGGCGAGUGAGGGUGGGAGUCGGUUGUGAUCUUAGUU